CAAGCACCCUUUGUCCAUAGGCUCAGUGGCGAGCAGCACGAAUAAGUAGGCCACAUAAGUAGUUGUUUUGGGCUUGUUUGCUCUUGAACCUACACCCGAUAGUUGCUCACAAUUCUUCGGAUUUGCAUUUGGGACACUUGAAUUCCUCUGGCGUUUUGUUUGAAUGUUGAAUGCUUAAAUAGCGCUAAAAUAGGGAAAGGACUCGCUAAUUGUUUAUUCAUCGUGUGAUGUGACCCAGAAUCCACAAUGUGUGAGGACAUUUAGUUCGGAAGAAAACAAUUCUUGAUUCCAGUGGAAUCUUUCAUAUAUAUUAUUAUUAUUAUUAUAUUUUUUUUCUGUCAUAGUUUAUACAUAUUUGCACACACUCGUCCCCACCCACUUAUAAUCAUCAUGCCAGUUCAAGCACCACAGUGGACAGAGUUCCUGCUCUGUCCGAUCUGCACACAAACGUUUGAGGAGACCGUUCGUCGGCCCAUCAGUUUGGGCUGUGGACACACCGUCUGCAAGAUGUGCCUGAACAAGCUGCACCGCAAGGCCUGUCCCUUUGACCAAACGGCCAUCAGCACGGACAUCGAGCAGUUGCCUGUCAACACAGCCCUGCUGCAACUGGUGGGAGGCCAGGUUCCUAAGGCUCAGCCAGUUGCCUUGAUUAGCAGUCCUGAGGACACUCAGCACUAUGAGGAGGCGAGGCAGUGCGUGGAGGAGCUGGCCCUCUACCUCAAGCCCCUCAGCAACACACGAGGGGUUGGUCUGAGCAGCACGACCCAAAGUAUGCUGAGUCGACCCAUGCAGAGGAAACUGGUCACUCUGGUCCACUGCCAGCUGGUGGAGGAGGAGGGCCGCGUCCGGGCCAUGAGGGCCGCCCGCUCUCUGGGCGAGCGAACGGUUACGGAGCUCAUCUUGCAGCACCAGAACCCCCAGCAAUUGUCCUCCAACCUGUGGGCUGCGGUCCGUGCACGCGGGUGUCAGUUUCUUGGCCCAGCGAUGCAAGAAGAGGCCCUGAAACUGGUCCUUCUCGCACUGGAGGACGGCUCGGCUCUGUCUCGGAAGGUUUUGGUUCUCUUUGUGGUCCAGAGGCUUGAACCUCGCUUUCCACAGGCCUCCAAGACGAGCAUCGGCCAUGUGGUGCAGCUCCUCUACAGGGCCUCCUGCUUCAAGGUGACCAAACGUGACGAAGAUUCUUCCCUCAUGCAACUUAAGGAGGAGUUCCGUACUUACGAGGCUCUGCGGCGCGAGCACGACUCCCAGAUCGUGCAAAUUGCCAUGGAGGGCGGCUUGCGCAUCGCACCCGACCAGUGGUCUUCACUCUUAUAUGGCGACCAGUCGCACAAAUCACACAUGCAGUCUAUCAUAGACAAGCUGCAGACCCCAGCAUCCUUUGCCCAGAGUGUCCAAGAACUCACAAUUGCCCUGCAGAGGACUGGAGACCCAGCCAACCUUAACAGGCUGCGGCCUCACCUCGAACUGCUCGCCAACAUUGAUCCCAGCCCCGACGCUCCCCCUCCCACGUGGGAGCAGCUCGAGAAGGGCUUGGUGGCGGUGAAGACGGUCGUGCAUGGACUUGUGGACUUCAUCCAGAACCACAGCAAGAAAGGAGCUGACCCUCAACAGCCUCCUCAACACAGCAAGUACAAGACGUACAUGUGCCGUGACAUGAAACUGAAAGGAGGCUGUCCCCGUGGAGCGAGCUGCACCUUUGCUCACUCUCAGGAAGAACUGGAAAAAUAUCGAAAGAUGAAUAAGCGCUUGGCAGCUCGCCUCCCCGGUUCAGGCGGCCCAGAAGAGGGACUUUCCCUCGACGUGGCCAUGACCAGGAAGCCUUCGCCCCUCACCAACGGGAACAUUGCAACCUCCCUGCCCCAGCUCAUCGCACGCGGUGCCGACACGGUCCCAUAUGAACUGCUGCGGAAGCCCCUCAAAAUGGACGGAGGGAGUCCAAGUGCCCCGGGAUCGCCACCUGAUCUGCUGGACCCCGUGCCCAAGACUGGUAUACCUCUGCCACCUCACGCCCUGGCUCACCCGCGGAUGGCUCCAGAGCAUCUCUCCGGUGUGAAACAAAUGCCCAUCGCCCGAGGUUCGCCCGUGUACCCCCAGCAGCAGCUCCCUGAGAUGUUUUACUCUGACACGCGACCCCCACCAUCUGCUUCCCAGUAUGAGCCAUCACAGUAUCCACCAGGGUACCCCUACCAGCAGCCACCGCAGUAUGUUUCUCGCGAUUACAUCCGUAACCCUCUACCCCCUAGCGACUCAGGAGCACCUUACCACGACCCAUAUCCUGGUUACGGCCCAUCAGAGCGCCCUUACCAGUCCCCCCACUCGGGUCCCCCCUUUUCGUACCCUCACCCGUCACACUAUGAGCGUGUACGCCACGGGACCUACGCCGGCCCGCCGCCUCCCACGCAGCCUUACCCAUCUCAGAGGGAUGGUCUGGUCAGGAUAAGCUCCACGCCAUUGGAUGUUUCCCCGCAAUCAGCCGGACAGACUAACUCCAUGUACCACCACGAGCCCAGUGUGCGGGAUAGAUACCCGGCCGAAAGCUACUACCCACCUGGAGCCCAAUCGCAAACCAUGAGGACUUGUGUCAGGGCAUCAUAUGCCGGGUCCCAGCCCAGUCUGGACUAUCUCCACCGCCGCCGCCUGGAGCUCCUCUCGCAGCUGGAGGAAAGGAAAGUCAUCUCUCCUCCGCCCUUUGCGGCCUCCCCCACUCUCUCGCACCCGUUUCCCAGCGACUACCCUCCGGAGUAUGGCGACGAGAGCUCCAAUAGCAUCGGGAAAUGCAGAGAGCCAGACUACGCUGGCCAAUACUCGCCCUGGUCGUGUGAUACCAUUAGCUCCUACAUUGGCUCUAAGGAUGCCAAACCCAAAGAUGUUAUGGUUCCUGACACCAUGGACAUGAUGAAUGUGGACGCUAAGGUUCUGAGGGAACCAUCGCUGGAGGCUCCUCGCAGGGGGGCAGAAGUGAAGGACGAUGACCCCAUUAUUCCAUUUGGUCCCCAGCCCACCGUGUCACGCUUUGGAGCCAUCUCCCGUACCUCCAAGACGGGUUACCAGACCGGCCCUGUCCAAGCUAUGGUCUCCACAACGCAGAACCCAAACUCUAAACACAUGUCCAUGGCCGAAUACAUGUAUGGAAGCCAUGCGGGGUGGGGCGGAACCUCGUACCCUUCCCACCAGACAGCCCAGGACAGAGAACAGUUAAAGAUUGAGCUGCAGCAGGUCAACCAGCAGAUCAACCAACAGACGCAGAUGCAAAGCAUGGAGUCUGCCAGUAACCCUUUACUGCUGCAGAGAGAAGCCAGUGCCUUAGCAGGCCCGCCGGUGACCAGCAGCCAAGUUCAGGCCGCCGCCGCUGCCGCUCAGUCGCAGCAAGGCCCCAAGUGGCCAACAGGGGGAGCCAGUGCUGCGGCAGUCUCCAGCGAACAGCUAAGCCUGGAGCUCCACCAGGUGGAGAGAGAGAUUGGAAAACGCACCCGUGAAAUGGCUCUGGAGAACCAAGUGGCCCACGAGGUCCAGUACAAGAUGAAAUCGGCUGAGAAUGGACAGCCUGAGCACAAGACUCAGCUGGAAGAAAUCUCCCUUGCGCUCGGUGAGGUGUCAAACGGCUCCAGUAGUCUGCAAGAAGGUGCAGUGGGCGGGUCCAUGCUGUCACUGACAAACAAGACGUCUACGAUGAGCCUGUGUGCUGACCCGGUCGGCACGGGCUCAGAAACGCAGAAGAACGGGGUUGUCCAUUCCUGCUCUUAAGCAGUACACACACACACACGCGCACACACACACACAUAUACACACACACACAGAAGAUGCUCUGUUAAAAAGCAUGCACAGGCAUACAUACACAUUCGAUUUAGAAGAUGAGCAGUAUCUGCCGUGAUAUGUACUUUCUUUCUUUUUGUUCUGUGAAUGAGCUUUUUUUUUUUUUUUUUUAAAUUAAUGACUUUCCUCGCCUGGAAACCAGAGCAAAUGUUAACAUUUCUUUGUGUGUGUUUGUUGUUCCUUCUCUUUUUUUCCCCCCCCUCUUUGAAUUCUAGACUUAACAAGGCUCACAUUCAGGAAGAGGAACAGGGUGGUGAUGGUGACAGUGGCACUGAAAAGGGAAUCACUUGUCCCACCUCUGAACGCCCCCCCCCCCUACCCCUCCACCGCCCUCCACACACACACACGCACUCAACAUUCUUACCACAUGGCGUGCAAAACGACAAUAACAGAAAAACGGUUAUUGAGGCAAGCAGCCUCCGGAUUCUAUCGGCAUACUUACGCGUGGAGGAGAGCAGCAACACGCAAGUCAGCCCCCCCGCCCCCCUGAAUUGUUUAAAGAAAAACACACACAAAAAAGUGGUUGCACAGAUCCAGAUGGUCUGGGAAGGGAAAGAACACCACCUGACUGCCACAAGAAGCAUCAAUUAUUUUAUUUUAUUUUUUUAAUGAAUGCAUUUUUAGGAUGUCUUGUCUUUUUUUUUUUUUUUUGCAUACUUAACAUCAGUAUAUUAAAUAUUUAAUGGACGCAUUCUGUUUUAAAGAUUGCAACUUUCUUGAUAAGGGAAUGUGCUUCUUCCUCACCCACUGUGGUCACAAUAUUGCACCCCCCCCCCAAAAAAAAAACGCAAACAAAGCAAAAGUGCUUUGGCUGAAAGCACAUCCUCAGGCCGGCUGCAUCCUGCAUCAAGGUCAAACUUGACAGAUGAGACUUUCCCUCCUCAGAGCUUCUCGUCUGGCCGCUCACAAAAAGCCUCCCCAUUGGGAUGAUCUCAUCGCAUGGUCGCCUAACUUCUAUGAAGUUGCCCCCCCCCUUUUUUUUUUUUAAUUUUUGGGGUUUGGUUUUUCAUGCUUUACAUUGUUAGGGCUUUGGGGGGUUAGGGAGGCUCAGGCGGGCUGUUUAGUGUGCACUCCAAACCAUCAGGAACUGCCAGGAAAUGUUUUUCACAGUAGCAGCGUUCACUGCACAUAUUUAAGAAGCAUCACACGCUCCAGUGCUGUCAUCAUCACCACCGCCAUCAUCACCACUAGGCGAGGCGCGUUAACGUUUACUGCCGUCGCAUGACACAGGCCGCCACGGAGUCUGUUGGGAGGUGGACGCCAAUGUUUUUGUGUGUCUGGAGCUUUUCUCGACACUCGCCUGUUUUUAACCCCCCCCCCCCCCCCCCCCUGCAAAGUGCUACAUUUAUCGUUUAGGUACACAGCUCACUUAUACAUACGAGUAUGUAUACAUACAUUAAUAUACUAAAGCACUAUUAACGUGCCACCUCUUAUUCUACUCGCUCAGCAUUUAUAUUAAAUGAUCUCUACUUUAGAAUCGAGAUGUUUUUUUUUUGUUUGUUUUUUUGUUUUGGUUUUGACGGUUUAUUUUUCUGUCCACUGGUUGCCAACACAGACUUUAUCCUUUCCCAGACGAAGGACUUUCUGUGCGCAUUUUGACGUGUGUUCACUUAAAUCUUUUGUGUUCAAACAAAGAUAAAGACUAUGCUUCCGAAGAAGACAAAAAACAAUUCUGUAACUUUUGGGGGGAGGGAGGGGGGAGAGAAUUUUUUUGAGGGGGGACUUUAAUGGAGCUUUGUGUGUGUUUGUUGUAUUGUAGAAAACGUACCCUCGGUUUUUCCCCUCCCCUUUUUAAUAUCAUUUGCCCUCCAAAUUUGCUGUAAUUGAUGGAGAUGAGAAAAGCGUUCACAUCACCCCUGAAGAGAAUACUCGGCAAGAUGACUAGACUGACCUCGGAUCAUCCUCAUAUUUCUAAACGUUAAGGCCUAAAUGGUAUGAUGCCGCAAUGUCAUAAUCGCCCCUUUACAAACAAUGAAAUGCUGCCAAGACAAUAUAUUUUUCAAGGAAACUUUUUUGGCCCCCCUUUUUUUUUUUGCUUUCUGCAAUAGAAUGAAUGCGACCUGCAAAUCAACAGCUGAUGUACUUGGGUAACAUUCGCAGUCAUUUAAAAAAAAAAUGCUGUCCGUUGAGCUGUUUUUGUCACUUUAUCAAAGUACAAAAAAAAAAAAGUCUGCCUGACUGCCCUCCCAACACCGUUUAGUUCGGACGUCAUCACAUUUGGGGCUUGACCACAUCGCGAAUAGCAAGACAUGCCGAUUUGAUGUUUCCGAGGGGAACUGCUGCCUACUGCCCGAUCACUGACAUUGCCCAGUUCAAUUCCCAGCUCCCUUUUUUUUUUUUUUAAACCUGAGCUGUGUUACCGCUGUUUGAGGCUCGCCUUUUAUUUCACUGACUUAGUGGGCAACAAAAAUUGCAAAAUGAUUUAUUUUAUUUUUUAUGAUUGCUUCCCUUGUAAAAAUAAAUAAAAGUUAAAAAAAUCUCUUAAAUUAAGGUACAGGUUUAAUUUCAGCAAGGAAAAAAAAGGUUUUAUAUGUAUAUUAUACUCCAUUAAGGAAUGUCUAGAAUUAUCUUCCUCCAAUGUGGAUGUAGCCAUUACGACGCCAUUUUGACUUUGUAAGAGAAUUCACUGUGUGAAAAUUGGUUUGCAUUUUUGUAUAAUACAAUCUGCUUUUUUGUUUGUUUGAUACGAGCAAGAGGUCAAACUGGAAGUUUGAGGAGGAAAAAAAUAAAAUGAACCUGUGAAAUUUGACACAAAAUGUAACUUAUAUACGACAGUGAUUCCGAGUUUAGGGGGGAAAAGAUUAAAUGAGAUUGCUAACUCUUGA